AUGGGUUCCUCAAAGAAAACACGCAAGUUUUGCCCUCACGGUUGCGGAUCCCGGGUGACAAACAUCGCUCGACAUGAGGCCAAUUGUCGCCGGCUGCGUAUAACUGAAAUCAUCACCCAGGAGAGGAUUGGAGAGCUUGCGAAAGAAUGGUCACGUGUUGGAAAGAAGAGAAAGCAUUCCUCGCAUGUCACCGCAGAUAUGAUCCCUACGGAGGACGACCCUGGUAGCCGGAAACCGCGGAGGCCCAGACACUUGGACUCAUAUGAGACUGGAGAUGACACUGGAAUGCUCGGAAUUGGCGAGGACCUCCCAGUCCUCCCGCCCGAUACCGACGAUAUGGCGGCAAUAGCAUUGUGCGAAGAUUCAAGCACGACAGACAGCUCGACUCCCCUGCCUACCACUACGACUCCAGCAGAUGAGUUCAACAUAUCCAGGGUGUUCUAUGGCCAUGCACAUGCCAAAGCUUUGAGAAGGGACGAAGAGUCCCAAUCUUCUUCCGUACAACGAAGCACGGACAAUGCAGGCGACGAGAACGAAGAAGGGAGCGAUCACGAGGUAUGCGAUGCGAUGAUACAUGAAGAGAACCCAAAAGCGAGAAGCGGCGAGAGUGAGUCGAGCGACUGGGCUGGGCACGUCCUGAAACAUCCUGGGGAUGGUGCACCCCGGAUCAUAGAGUCUGAUGGUGCCGAGUGGGUCUGUACGGAAAAGCGGGUGGGCCGGGAGGCGGAUUCUGAGGAGGACAUGAGGAUGGUUGGCAGGGGGGCUGAGGAAGAGGACGAGGACGAGUAG